AUGGCAGAACUAUAUGAAGGGCAAGCUGGUCACGAACCAGCAGAAGAAUUUAUAUUAGAAGAUAAAAAUUUACGUGUUUCUACAGUGUGGACAUCUUGGAGUUUCUGUGAUAGAUGUGGCAAUGUUGGCAAGCAGAGAAAGAUGGGGCUGUGUAUGGUGAAGAAACAUGAUAAAAAUUCUCCAAUCCAACCAAUCGAUUUUCCAAUGAUUGACUUAUACCCAGAUGGUAUACCAUGUCAUUCCACUGCCUUGCCUAAAUUCAUCAGGAAAAUACCUGAUAUUAGAAACAGACCGAGUGAAACGAUGAUUCGAGACUGUAUAAAAGAAUGUCCAACUAGUCCAGGACCAAUCAAUGUAACAGAUAAAGCCGGUAAAGUUAUAGAAGUAUUAGAACCAGGGUUUUAUUCCUUACAUCAUCCACCAACCCUACCUCCUAUAACACAACGUAAAGUUGUCUACGAAGACGCUGGAAAACAUCUCGUACUCAGUUGUCCUAAACGUUUAAAUAAAGUGAUAACAGUGUGGAAACGAGGAAAGAACAUUAUUAAUCCAUUAACUAUCAGAAAAAUAACCAGAAAUAGAGUGUUUCUAGAUCCAGCUAGUCGAUUACACAUCAGAAAACUACUUCUAUCAGAUACGUCCGUUUAUCUAUGUUUUUUAAAGCAAGAACAUGUGGCAUCGUUUAAAGUGAUUGUGUAUGAACCAUUAAAUCAACAACUAAAAGAUUAUAUAUCAUUAUUUGGAAUGUUUUUAACGUGUAUAUGUGUUAUUGUUAUAUGUAUCUGUCUGGUUGUUAAAAAGAGCAAGAAAACUCACAAGUGA